AUGCGCACCUCUUCCUUCUUCACGGUGAUUAUCGCCUCUCUGGCCACGAUGGUCAUGGCAACCCCAACUCCCCAAGGGAACGAUUGCGUUUCUGGCUACAUAUGCUUCCAGCGAAACUCUGACGGUCGUUGCACUAUUUGCAAGCCUUCUGGCGGCUCCUAA